CAAGCAUUCUCUUCUAACAAACUAAACUAUAUACCAAAAGGUUUUGCUUCCUUCAAUUUCCAAAAUAUAAUGGAGAAAAUUACCCUUUCCCUAUUUUUAUUUCUCUUCUAUAUAUUUAUUUUUACCUUUGUUGGAACAGUUGAGGGCGCUAACGCACAACCUCGUGCCAACAAAUUUGUGGAAUCACAAUGCAGGCGCACACGUUAUCCAAAGUUAUGCGCGGAAUCUUUGUCAAACUAUAUCACUACUGCAUCUGAACCUCAAAAGCUAGCUUAUGCAGCAUUGAAAGUGAGCUUACUUAAAGCUAUCUACACGAGAACCUACGUGAAGAACGUAUGCAAGCAACUCGAAAAAACAAAGGCUAAAGAUUAUCAAGUGGUGAAAGAUUGUUUAGAUCAAAUGUCAAAUGGAGUUAACUUGCUUUUCAACUCGGUGGAAGAGCUACAACAUUUGAAUUUAGACAAGGAAAGUGAGUUUGUAUGGCAUAGAAGUAAUGUUCAAACUUGGCUUAGCACAGUGUUAACUGAUGCUUUCACUUGCAUGGAUGGGAUGUCUAGUUACAAAUUUGGUGGUUAUAAAUUAAAGGCUACAAUUAAGGCUAAAGUUCAAAAUGUUGCAGAAGUUACUAGCAAUGCUUUAGCUUUGUUCAAUGGAUAUGCUGUUAGGCAUAAGGCUUCUCAUCACUCAAACUCUGGCAAAAUUAACAAGCACUAAAAUUUAUAUAUUGCCACUUGAAUUCACAAUCUUUCUAUUUGAUUUUAUAUUAAUUCUUUUUUGUUAUGUAUGUCAAAACGUAUGUAACUUCAUUAAUUCUAUCUGUAUAAUAGAUUUUGAUA